AUGAGUGAAUUCGACAGUGCUAAAUUGGCUCGUAGAAAAAAGGAGAAUAAGCGUGGGAUUGCAUAUUCAGUUUUAUUAUGUGGUAGAGACGGUCUAGGUAAGACUACGUUUGCCAACAACUUGUUGGAAUCGAAUAUAUUCACCCAUAAAUACAAUACUUCAGCAGAAUCGGAUUUAGGAUCAAGUGUUGGUCCAGAAAAUGAAAGGAUUAAAAUCAUCAAACCAACUAAAGUGGUUUCUUACAAUUCGAAAAAUGGUAUACCAACAUUCAUGUCUGAUCUAGAUGCAAAGAGGGCAAACUUUGAGCCGGGCGUCACAAUCACCUCCACUACAGUGGACAUUAACACUAGCAGUGAUGCUGGCAAUGCUGUUGAUGACGACGAAGAUACUAUCAUAUUAAAUAUAGUGAAUACACAUGGUCUUGGUGAAAAUUUAGAUGAUACGUUAUGUUUCGAUGAAUUGACUAAUUAUUUAGAACAACAAUUCGAUAUUGUUUUAGCGGAAGAGACUAGAAUCAGAAGAAACCCAAGGUUUGAAGAUACAAGAGUACAUGUAAUCGUGUAUUUCAUUGAACCAACAGGUCACGGUUUGCAAGAACUUGAUAUUGAACUAAUGAAAAGGCUUUCUAAUUAUGCAAACGUUUUACCGGUCAUUGCCAAAGGUGACUCAUUCACUAAGGAAGAAAUGAAAACUUUUAAAAAAAAUAUACUAAAGGACAUCGAUUACUUCAAUAUUCCAGUUUAUCAAUUCAAAGUUGACGAGGAUGAGGAUGAUUUAGAAACUAUUGAAGAGAAUCAAAUACUUGCCUCCCUACAACCUUUCUCAAUUAUCUGCUCAGAUGUAAGGGACUCGGAUGGUAAUUACAUUAGGUCAUAUCCAUGGGGUACUGUAAUAAUAGACAGUUAUAAAAACAAGGAUAAGGGAAAUAAUUCUGAAUUAGAAGUUGUUAAAAACGUCUUGUUUGGUUCUCAUCUGCAAGAAUUUAAAGAUACUACACAAAAUCUACUUUACGAAAACUAUCGUGCUGAAAAAUUGUCAUCUGUUGCAAGUCCACAAAUCAAUGCUUCAAAACCAUCAACUUUCGCUGCUAACUCUGGAAAUCCUAUUGACAGAAAUUCGACAGUUCCAAGUUUAAGCAAUUUCACUUCUUUUGUUAAUACUGGUAAAUUUGCUUCUCAGCAAACGUUGGCUUUGGUUGAGCAGGACAGUACACCAGAAAAUGAUAAAUCGAAUGCUUCUAAAUUCGUUGGUGAAAGUAUUGAAGAGUCUCCAAUUAAACAAAUGUCGCAAACUUUGAAACAUCAUAAUGAAGAAAUAAUCAAAAAUAUUAAAAAGGAAGCACCAAAUAUGACCUCCCCAGAUAUGAAUGAAAAAUCAAAGCUAAGAAAUAUGUCAGAGACUGUUCCAUAUGUUCUAAGGCAUGAACGUAUAAUUGCUAGACAACAAAAAUUAGAAGAGCUUGAGGCACAAUCUGCUAAAGAAUUACAGAAAAGAAUUCAAGAUUUAGAAAAAAAAGCACAAACCUUGAAGCUAAAGGAAAAAUUAUUAAGACAAGAACAUUUAGAAAGAGCUCAGGGAAAAGAAAGUUCCCAGUCAUCUUUAGGCUCUGCAUUCGCCGGGACUGGCCAGUUGAAGAAAGAAGAAACGCUUACUGACUUAGCCUCCAUUGUAUCAGGUCAAAAAUAG